AUGCACUCCGAGUCAAAUCCUAAGGCGCUGGGUGCCCAGGUGCGGUUCAUGAUAACCGCUGGUGUUGGCUUCUUUGCAGAUGGCUAUCUCAAUUUAACUAUUGGACUGGUGGUGCCUAUAUUGGGGUACCUUUAUUUCCCAGAUGGCAAAGUCUCCACGGUCGACAGUGAUGUGAUCAAAGGAGGUCUUAGCCUGGGUAUGGUCGCCGGCCAACUACUUUUUGGAAUACUGAGUGAUGCAUGGGGACGAAAAAAGGUCUAUGGCAAAGAGCUGCUCCUCACUAUCUUUGGAACACUAUUAGUGAUCCUACUCCCUUGGAAGGGGAUGAGUACUCGGUCUAUAACAGCCUGGGUGACAGUCUUCCGUGUUGUGACUGGCAUUGGAAUUGGUGCUGAUUACCCUCUUUCCUCGUCAUUCACUGCCGAGAACACCGAUGUCUCCACCAGAGCCGUGCGAAUUUUAGCUGUGUUCUCCAAUAUUGGACUUGGAAAUAUGGCUGCAAGUAUAGUUUUCUUGGUCUUGCUCAAAGCAUUUGAAAGUUCAGUUGCAGAAAACAUCAAUCACCUUGAAUGGGUCUGGCGACUCUUGCUUGGAAUUGGCAUUAUCCCAGCAAUUUUUACACUAUAUGCUCGUUUGACUAUUUCUGAAACACAGCUCUACAACAAACAAGAUUUUAAUACAAAGCUGACUGAAACAGAUGUAUCUAACAAUAAACGUGGUCUAAAAGACCAGUGGAAAGACUUCCGAGAGUACUUCGGUGACUGGAAACACGCGAGGACACUUUUUGCAACAUCCGCCUCUUGGUUUCUUUUUGACAUCGCAUAUUAUGGAAUCAACCUCAACCAAAGUGUAGUGCUUUCUAGAAUCGGGUAUGCCAAAGGCAACACUCCGUGGGAAACCUUAUACAAGACUGCGAUUGGCAACAUCAUUAUCCAAGCUGCGGGCUAUCUUCCUGGAUUUUACGUCGGCAUUUUCCUCCCAGACCGUAUCGGCCGCGUUCGCCAACAACUAUUCACAUGUGGUAUGGUGUGUAUUCUUUAUGCUAUCUGGGCUGGAAUCAGUUCGCCUGGAGUUCACACAUCUACGGGAGGUCUUAUGGCCAUUUUUGCCAUCUCGCAAUUCCUCCUCACGUCUGGGCCAAACUCAACGACUUUUCUCAUUCCUGCAGAGGUAUUCCCAACACGGGUCCGAAGUACUGCUCACGGUAUCUCUGCAGCGGCUGGUAAAUGUGGUGCUAUCAUUGCUGCAUUUGCAUUUGGAAGUGUUGAGGAUGCUAUCGGCUUGUACGGCAUCCUGGGUCUCUUCUCUGGGGUUAUGCUGUUGAAUACGCUUGUCACUCUCCUGAUCCCGGAGCCGAGCUUGACCAUAGAAGGACUCGGAAUUGACCCAGGGAGUCCGCUUGUAGAUCAAGGUGCGGAACAGGCCAAUAAGGCUUCUGUUCUUCCGAGCUCGAAAGUUACUGAGGUGACCAUUGAUUGA